AGAUGUGUCGGGCGGCUGUAGCUUUCGUUAUCUUCGUGCCGCCGCCGAUCUUGGUCUUCGUACACGUUCACACAUCCAUAUGUGCCGUACAUAUAUUUAUUGUCACACGUUAAUUGGCAUUUAAUUAAACGUCGAGCUUCGUCGUCGCUGUUAUUCCACUGUGAACGCUCGAAUUGCGCGGUUCUCCGUGUCGCGAAUAACGAAAUCCCUCUGUGCGGCGUAAAAAAAAAUUAAAAAACAAAAGCAGACCACGAAUAAAGGAUAUAUUUGAUUCAAUUAACUGGUGUAAUUUCGAGACAGUACUAUAGAAGGAAACCGGUUUACCAGAAUAAGCACGAAAUUAUACCCACUUUAUGGGCUGCCCUGGCCAAACCAAAAGUAUAGAUUCUAUCUUGCGCAAAAUCUCAAAACUCGGAUCAUACGAUAUUUCUAUGUGCGGGUCGCAACCGAUGUCUGGUUAUAUUGAGUAAAACGCAAUAAUAUAUAGCCACCACCGAUCGGCCAGAAGAGCAGAGAGAGAGAGAGAGUGAGAGAGCGGCGGUAAAGGCGGCAAUAAUCAGCAUCUGAAAGAGAGCGAAAUCUGGAGCGUUUCAAUGCGCUGCCAUCUCCUCCAUUUUUUAUAUUUUUUGUUUGCCUUGGUUUCGGUUUUGCACUAUAGUACUAUUAGUCGCUGCCACUAAAAGGGUCGUUCUCUGUUUGAUUAGUCGCGUUUAAUCAUCAGGGUCGUGGCGUUUCGGAGAGCACUUCCGAUCACUUGCCCGCCGGCUGAUGCCGGAGCAUCACCUACUACUGCUGCCCAUUCGAUCCAAAGCAACAUAAUCGCCAAGCCAUCAUGUUGACGACCGUCCUGAACUUUGCCCAGCGCGUCGCCGAGAUUUCUUUGCUUGGCGGCAUAGAGAUUGCAUCAGUUGCCCUUAUUGUCUACUAUAUAUUCGCCAAGACGAGGGCUCCUGUUAUUAUCGCUGGCCUGUUUCCUAAUCUGAAUUUGAGCUACCGGACGAGCUACCUCAGCAAGAUCAACACCAUCCGCAGCGAUCUCCUGGUCAAUUUGCGAUCAUCCAACGAGCCCAAGACGCAGAAUUCCGUGGCACAUGGCAUUGGGACACAGAAUAUGUUGGAGCUAACCCCGCAGUCAGGUCAGAAGCCAUUCAAGAAGCUCCUUGAUUGGGGCGUGCUUUUUCCAUUUGUUGCCCAGGUGGUGCGCAGCGAGAAAUUCGAGUAUCGGCAGGUCACUGAAAUCGUGCACAACGAUGCUGUGCUGAAGCACGCCAUUAAACAAGCUGCCGAGCAGACGCUGAGGGAACAGCGGUAUGCGAAAAAUGGACAUCGGCUGCUCACGCGAAGCGCUAGCGGGGACCAGCAAGCACAAGAGGAGGAAGAUGAAAAAAUCGGCAUAUCUUACCAGUCCAUUCUACGCAAACAAGAGCAACGCGCCAUUAGCAUUCUAAAGGACAUGGGCUCGACCCUGAACAAUGGUUUGCUAGCCUUCACGUCAUGGAUCCUCUACAAGCUACUACCAUGCUUCCUCUCUGGAGUCGUUACCAACACCAAGCAGAUUGAGAUGCUUAAGACAGCGUCCGAGCGAUCACCUGGUACCCCGUUGAUCUUUGUGCCGCUGCAUCGUAGCCAUUUGGACUACAUCAUGGUGACGUGGAUACUCACCAACAACGACAUCCGUAGUCCGCUUGUGGCAGCUGGUAAUAACCUACAGAUACCCGUAUUUGGCGGCCUUUUACGUGGUUUGGGUGCGUUCUUUAUCAAGCGCAAGAUCGAUCCAGUGGAGGGAAAAAAGGAUGUGCUUUACCGUGCUGCUCUACAUCUGUAUCUCACGCAUGCCUUAAAGCAAGGUCACAAUGUGGAGUUUUUUAUCGAGGGGGGACGAACGCGCACUGGCAAGCCGUGUAUGCCCAAGGGCGGCAUCCUUUCAGUGAUUGUGAACGCUUUCAUGGACGGCAGCAUACCGGACGCGCUGCUGGUACCCGUGUCUGUUAACUACGAGCGUCUGGUUGACGGAAACUUUGUGCGUGAGCAGAAGGGUGAGAAGAAGAUACCUGAGUCAUUCAGCAAGGCCAUUUCGGGCAUUUGGAAGGCCCUUAAAUCGAACUAUGGCCUAAUGCGAAUCGACUUUAAUGAACCGUACUCGAUACGGGAGCUGGUCAAUUCGUACAACAAAAUAGCUCGAGAGGAUGGUAACAAUGCCAAGGUCUACAAACCAGCUGCCAGGGUCCUUCAGCACAAUCAAUCCACAUCCUCGCUCUACGGCACCGAUGUUGUGUGCGAGGAGCACCGAAAUCUCAUCGAAAGCAUAUCUCGCCAGGUGGUCUUUGACUGCGCCGCUGCCACCUCUGUGAUGUCUACCAAUGCACUGGCUUUUCUAUUGCUCACGCGCUUUAGGAACGGCGCCGAGGAGCAGAUGCUGUCCAGUGCCCUAGAUGACUUACGAAAUUCGUUAUCCGGUUCCAAGGACAUUGGGUUUUCUGGAGAGUCCUCACAGAUUUUGGCUUAUGCCUGUGACCUACUUAGUUCAGGUCUUGUUACCCGCACUCGGGAUGAGAAUGGGCGUUUAGUUAUUAAGGCUGUGAAUUCAGUGGAAAGCUUUAUUGAACUGGCCUACUACUCCAACAUGUUGACACCGCACUUUGCCCUCAGUUCGAUACUGUUGACAACCUUCCACUCCCUGUUGCCAGAAACUGAGAAGAGGAAAGACGCAGGAGUGUCUCGCAAAAAACUAAUGGACACUGCGCUGGAAAACUGCCAGAUCUAUCGCUAUGAAUUUAUAUUAAACAAACCGACUCAAAUACUGGAGAAUUUACUGUACAAGCAGUUGGACGACCUCUUGUUCAGUGGAUGCAUUCGGUCUGAAAAGCAACAAGAUGAUUUGCCAAAUGCGGCUGAAUGCAGGCGCUUGGCUCAAAGCCUAACGGACUGCCUAGAUGAGGACGACGAUGAUUACCUCCAUGUGCGUAAUGGCGAAGUCGAUGAACCCAAGUUGUUGUUUGCCAGCGAAACCCUGCCCCAACAGCGAAACAUAUGCGAGGUGCUGGCUCCCUUCGCCUGGACGUAUGUGACGGUGGCACAAUCCCUGCAGAUACUUCACCGAAACUCCAUGCUGGAGUCGGAAUUUAUUAGCUUUGUGAUUAAUGAUUUGAGCAGCAAAGUGAAACGCGGCAGCUGCAUCUAUGCUGAAAGCAUAUCAACUGACUCCGUGCGCAACUGCUUGAAAUUGUUGGAGAAAUGGUCUGUGAUCGAGGUGUGCAACCAACAGGGCAUGCGCCUGAUCUCACUCAAUACGCUCUACGAGAUGUCUCGGGAGUCGCUCAAUACCAUUGUCAAGAAGAUUGAUGCAAUUGUGCCAAAAUUCAAUUCGGGUUAUUUUAAUAUGACGCCUUAACGGGGCUCGCUUUAUUUUUGGCACUCUUUUUUAUCCUUGUAUAGUGUAUAUCCACUUAAGUUUAAAGUGCGUACUCCUAGAUCUUAGACUAGUUUUAUAGUCAUACGAGUUUAUAUAUGCCAAAAAGCUAGCUUUACUGUAACUAAGCGACAAAACAGUGAAAUAUGAACAAAUUUCUAUUGUAUAAUUUAAAAAUUUUUCUAUAUGUGGCCUUAGAGCAGCAUGACAAAAAAAAAACAAUACAAUAUAUCAUCUAUACUGAACUGAUUGAUUAAACUUUAUAAUUUUAUACUAUAAGCAAAUAGAAAAGCUUAAAAAAUAA